AAAACUUGUUUCAGUGUUCAUCGGUCGGAGCUCCAAACGAGCUCUUGGACCUCGUCGAAAUUGCGGCCAUGGACCUCGAUGAUGAGCUCUUCAGUCGCCAAAAGGCGCAGAAAUUGGCUCAGAAGGAGAUGAUUGAGGCGGUCAGCGGGUGUGUUGAUCAGAUGAAGGCGGAACUUUUGCAGAAGUUGCAGCGCAUCAUGGAUCCAGCACGGGCCCGUGGGCAACGCACUUCCUUUCGGCGCGGAUCGAAACAGACGGCUCCGACGGGGCCGACGGGCAGUCCUGGCCUAGAGAUGCUCCAAGUGUCGACAGGUGGAGACAUUCCUGCAGAGCCUUCGAUGCAAGGUCCAACUUUGGGGACCUCCGUGAAAGUGGGACUCAGUGGGCCUCGUACAUCUCCAGCCUUGACGGGACCACAGGUAACCGAUAGCGAGGAAAUGCUGGAAGGAGAGGGAGGUGGAGAUGAAAUGACAGGAAUUGAGUCCAUCACAAUGGACAAGGUACUAUCACCUGCCCAGAUCGAUAAUGUGCAGGAUGCUAUUUUGACCAACCGCAACGGGAACCGCAACGGGAAUGAAUCACAGAAGCUGCGUUUACACAAGGCAUGGAAGUUGGACGAUGAGCCGAAGCUGAGAAGCUCAGCGAGUCACAGCACUAGCAACAGCUUUCUGAAGAUGGGAUCGAGUCAGUUUUCCAAUGGAGAUGGAGGAACCAUGAGGAAGUCUGGAUCAAACAGAACCAAGGAGGAAACUUUUCAUUGGUAUGAUCGCCUUACCGUGUCUCACCGCUCUCCAAUUUGUAUGAUUUGGGACAUUUGGACCUCCAUCGCCAUUGCCUAUGACAUGGUGAUGACGCCCAUGGAUGCCUUCAACAUUCAGAUCACUCCUGUGUUGAGAGCUCUGGAACGAACUUCCUCAAUCACUUGGCUGGUGGACAUGCUGUUGUCUUUUGUACGGAGCUAUGGCAAGUUGAACGGCACAGAGGAGAGACAUUUGAAAGCCACCGCGUCAUACUACUUGAGAACGUGGUUUGCGUUUGACUUCACCCUAGUCUGUUUGGACAUGUUCAUCUUUAUUUUGGAAGAUACCUCCUGGAUGCGCUACAUGAGCUUCCUGAGAGCCAUCCGACUCUUCCGACUUCUCCGGGUGCUGCGGGUGGCGAAAGUCAAGGCACGGAUUGCGGUGUUAGCGCAGCUGUCGCUUAUCCUGCAGACCCAGCGCAUCACGGAUCGUGGUUUUCUCAUGCUCAACAUCGCCAAGAGUCUGUUGAUCGUCACCGUGCUCAAUCACUUCACAGCUUGUAUUUGGUAUUCCGUCGCAACAAUUCUUGAGGCCGAUCAGAACAACUGGGUCUACAUGCACUUUUCUGAUCCAAAUCGUCCUGAUUCCCUGCUCUACCUCUACACCACGGCUUACCAUUGGUCCAUCACGCAAUUGACUCCUGCGUCCUGUGAGAUUUAUCCCAGCAGCGCCCGAGAGCGCAUCUUCAACAUUGCUGUGAUCCUCUUUGGGCUAUGUGUUUUCUCCUCCUUCAUUAGCUCCAUGGCACAGCAGUUGCAUGCGCUUGGACAACUCAAUCGUGCGGACCGUCAUCGCAUGGAGGUUCUUCGGCGAUUUAUUUCGGAGCACCACAUGUCAGUUGCCUUGGCGACCAACAUUGUGGACUUUGUGAGGCAGAAACGUGGACCACAGAUGCAACGGCCUCUGAAGAUCAGCGACAUUGAGACCUUCAACAACUUCCCAACGGCGCUCCUGCAGAAGAUCCGAUCUGAGGCCUACAUCUUUAUCUUGAGCAAACACAUUUUCUACAAGACGAUCUAUGAAGCCGAUCGCGAGUGCUUCAACAAGCUCUGCAGCAAUGCCAUCUUCGAAGAGACCGUGGACAAAGGUCACGAAGUUUUCGCAACUGGAGAGGAAGGCAAAGGUAUGUAUUUCCUUUACCAUGGCAAAUUGGCCUACGCCUAUCUCUUGGACGACGUGAGUUUUGAUGCCGCCGAAGAGGACUGGAUGAAUUCCCCUGAGACCAGUUGCUUCAUCGCCAACGGCUUCAUCUCUGAGGUUUCGAUGUGGCUGAAUUGGUUCCACCGUGGACGUCUCGCUGGUGAAGCCAUCGUCACGGAUAUGCUGUUUGUCUCGGGGGAUCGAUUUCGAGAGGUGAUCCGGCAAAGCCACUUGUUGAAAGAGGUGCGUCUCUAUGCCAGGCUUUAUGCGUUGCGUGCCUUGCGGGCAGGAAAAGAGGGAACUGAACUAGAUGAUCUCUGGCACGAGGAUGAGAUCAUUGAAGAGAUCAGUAAACUUGCCCUCCAGGGAGGCCUAGAACAGGCAGUGAAUAUCUUGGCAGCUGGUCGAAUCACGCCCCAGAAGAUUCUUAGGGCCUGGCGACAGCAUGCUCAAGCAAGUCGCUUUACUCGCAGAUUCAAGAAACCUAUAACUCAGUGGAGGCGCUUCACGGCCUGGGUGCGAUGCUGCUUCAGUGCCCCGCAAGAGCGCGAGGACUUAACAUGAGAGGUCCCAUGGGUCCCUUGUCCAAAGGCCUGAUCGCUCUGCUCCAGAGGCAAAGUCCUUGCAGAGAUCAGAGAAAUCGGCCGGCACUGCGUUCACCUUCAGCAAGAACUCGUUGAAAAAACA